GUUUUCUGACGGAUUUUUGUGAGUUUACAGAACUAAUUCAUAGCACAUCACUCAUAUUAUUGGGUUAAUAUAGUAAAGGCUGUAGCGCACAUUCAGGUGGACCGCACUAUAGUAUGAAAAUGCCCCUGUCAUUUUUGAACGUAGUAUAACAAUUUAUGUUCCGUGAAAUAGAGAACCAGUAACAAGCAGCACAGACCCACAAUACCUAUAAGCUACGCUAUUAGCUUCCUCGAUGUGCACCUAUGGAUGAUAAUAAUCAUAGAUGGAUUUCUGUGAUAACUUAAUUCACAGUGGUCCACCUAAAUAUGCGCGAGGAUGAAAAUUUCAUUGUGGAUGUAAAUAUGUAAGUUUUAUUUUAUAUGUUACCAUCCGCAACGAAACGGCUCCGACGAGAUAAUAUUCAGUCAGUAUUCCAGGGGGCGAGGAUACCGCGACUGGCGCACUCGGGGCGAUCCCACGCUCAUCAAUUCACUGUGGCGCAGUCGGCAGCCAUUAGGCAUUCGGAAGCAGCUCGGAAACGCAGAGGUGUACAUAGUAUUAGCCUUGCUAAUAGGGGUGGUGACAGUGGUGGUGGGGUGCUGGCUGUCGGACAACUGCUGGUCGCCGGAGCCGGAGGACGUGCUGGCGGGCGGCUGACCCGUGGCGGCGGGCGCGUGCACGCACGUGUAGCGCCCGCCCUCCGCGGCGGAGCGGGAGAGCCCCUCCGGCGCGGGCUCGCUGUCGCCGGUGCUGCCGCCGCCGGCACCGCCGCGCGCGCCCGCCUUCCUGCACGCCGCGCGCCACCUGUGCCGCGGCGCCUGCCUGCAGCUGCCCUGCGACACGAGACGAGCGCCGCAUUUCUGACCGCAGCCGUCUCGAGCCUCCUGCGGGCACCAAAAAGUUAAUGGAUUCUAUAUUCCGACCGUGGCGAACGGCGGAGUGUGAGGAAUGAGUGACUGAGUGUAAGGGACACUGGAAGACAUUAAUUAAUAUUAGAUUUUUAUCUGAACGCAGUAGGUAUGACAUGGUGCGAGUUUUCAAUGAACCAUAUGAGCUUCGUAUAAUAUUUCGAUAUAUCCAUAUUGUGUAUGUAGGUAUCCAAAUGUGUUAAAAUUGUAUCAGUAUGAAAGAAUAAAAAAAUUGGAUUGGUGAAAUAAUUGUGUCAUUGUGGAUCUCGUAACGGAUCUCUCUCGUCGUAGGUCACGCUUCUAGCGGUCGCUCUGAUUUUAACCACUUAACUUUACCACUUUACUGUUAUUUCUAAAUGGAUGUGCCUUGAAAUGCUUUCCUCGAUUCGACUUGUAGAAUAGAGCGUUUUUGAACCCUUUAGAAGGAAUUUCUUCUCUCUGUUUUGUAUGGAAGUUCCCGUAUGAUAAGUGCAAUACACAUCAUUACCGUGCCUUUACCGUUCUAUAGACUUUGUAAGGGACGUAAUUAACAAUAGGUUUAAAAAAUACGCUUUCCCGAACGGAAGGCCGCACCAUCCCAAUUUUGUUCUAUAUUUUUGUAAAAAAAACCCAGCUUGAUUUGUUAUGUUAUGUUAUUUGAAAUUAAGAUGCUUCUGAUAAUAAUAAAAGAGGAAAGUGAGCUAGGACCAAUGUGUUUUCGAACGCGCGUCAAUUGGGUAAAAUUAAAAAAUGCAUCAUAAUAGGAUAGUAUUAAACUUUGUGAGACAACGAUACGGUUACAUUUAAUGUAGAAUUUUGAUAAAUUUUUGGCUGUUUGUAAAUACAUACCCUUUACAUAUUAAAAUUGAGUAUUGCAUCCUCAGGUGACGUACAUUUGAUAUAUUUAUCUAUAGAUAAAGACACUUGAAUUCCCUGUGGUAUUUGUUUUAUUUGGGGUUUUUAAACGAAAUAUGAAAACAAAAAAAAUAUAUUGGUACCGUUCUUGAAAGAUUUUAAUGAGUACAUCGUAAAUAGUUUUUUAUUGCAUUUAUAGAUUUAAGUUCAAAUAUGUUAUCAUAAUCAUAAAAAUAUACAAUGAAAACAUACUUUUUUUAAGAAACUACCCUAGAGGAUUUUGUGUUAAGGUGCUACUGGAAUCGUAUCAUAAGCCUUUACAAUGAGUUAGCAACUAUACAGACAUGCUUUCAUAUAUAUUUUGGGUCUACUCAUAUAAUCAACUAUCUGUAUACCUAAUUGAAAGGAAUUGUUUAAGGUCAUCUACUAUGAAUAGGUACAGGUUCCUGCCUAAGGUUUUAUUUGAGUAAGGUACCUAUUUGAUUACACUAAACUUUUUGAUAUUUCAUUCUAGCAUGGAACGGUGCAGUCCAUUCCAUGGCGUCACUUUUUGACUAUGACCCCUAUUACUGGCAAAAAUCAACAACAGGAUUUUCGAGUUGAUUAAAAUUUUAUUGAUUGUAAUCAUAAUUAUUAUCAUAAUACGUUUCUAAAUAUGCCAUCCAAUUGCUCUAGCAAAGUAGUAAUCACCGUAAACAGCUGUGGUGCUUAGUAGUUAUUAAUCUAUCAUCGACAUAGCUUAGUUUUAUGCCUUUACGGUAUUCGGCAUGGAAAUAAAGCGCACAAAACACAGAAAUUGCUCACAAUCCAUACCUAAUGUAAUAUUGCUUAAUAAGUUGCAAGUAAUGCUACAUAAACAAUUUAAUUACCCAUAUAAUGUAAUUCGUUAAACUUGUAUGAGUUUCUUCAUACCGUAAUCAUUUUAAUACACGACCCGACGAAAUCACCCUAAAUUGGUACUUAAAACUUACCUAAUACUACUUACUUUAAGUUACCUACUUUUUUGUAGCGGAAUAAAUGAGUUCAUCAAAAAAUAGCGUUCUAAUGAAUUGAAUAUUAAAAUUUUUACGGUUAGGUAGCUGUUCAUCAAUUAGGUUUUCCUGCCGUAGUAACGAAUAACGAUACUAAACGACAUCAUGAUGUUGCUCUUAUAUUCGCACGAUAUUCUCUCCAGCCGCGCCGCGCGGCAGUGACGUACGCACGUCGCGGCUGGAGAGAAUAUCGUGCGGGGCGCUGACGCGACGCGCAGUUCCGCUGCAGUGCAGUUCAAGUGCGUGGGCACCUUUAUAGUCACUUUCCCUUGGAGUACCUAAUGUUUUUAUCUAAGGUAUGUAAGUACAUUCUAAGCAUACAAAUGCGACUGGGUACGAUCGUCUCGGGAAUAUAGUAUAUUUGCUAUAGAUACCAUAAUUUGCUACCAUUCAUGUAUUUGCAAAUGUGAAAAAUGAAACUUAUUUCUAACGAAAUACGUGCGU